AGCGACCGCCACCAUGUCCAUGUUAAAGUACUCCCGCAUGGACUUCCUGUGCACUUGCGUGGGCCUCCUGGUGCUGCUGGUGGACAUUGGCCUGGACAUCUGGGCCGCCGUGGACUUCUACCAGGAGGGGUUGUGGGGGCCCCUGGCCGUGCUGCUGCUGCUGCUUGUGGGCUCCUCGGUGCUGGUGCAGUUCUACAGCUGGUUCUGGUACAGAUACGAGAAGUUUGAGAUGGAGACCCGGGUGGAGAAGUGGCUGAGACCCAGACUGAAGGUGCUGCAUCUGCUGCAGAUGGGAAUUUUCGUCAGGUACGCCGGCGUCCUGGAGUCGUCUAUUGGCAGCUUCUUCUCGAGGCACAGCGACCCGAAUGACAAGGCGGUGUACCUGAAGCACGACCUGAGCUUGCUGCUGAUCAUCGAGACCUUCUCGGAGAGCUGCCCUCAGAUCGUCCUCAUGCUGUCCAUCAUCCUGCAGAAGGGCCAGCUGGACCUCGUUACAGUGAUGAAGGCCCUGGGCUCGGUCUCAGCCGUGGCCUUCAGCGUGACCAUGUACCGCCACUGCCUUAACUCCUUCCUGCCCGAGAACAACAAACAUUCCCUCCGCUCCUGGGUGGUGUUCUUCCUGUUUCACCUGACCCUCCUGCUGUCCCGCCUGGUGGCGCUGUCGCUCUUCACCUCCGUGAUGCCCUUCUUCAUCUUCAGCCACUUCUUCGGCUCCUGGCUGCUGCUGUUCUUCUGCGCCUGGCGCUCGGACACGGCCAUCAUGGACGGCCACGAGGGGGAGCGGCUCUACCGGGCCACGGCCGGCCUUGUCUGGUACUUCAACUGGUUCAAUCUGGUCAAUGGGAAGACCAGGAAGCCGAUGUGGCUGUACCACGGCUACAUCCUGGUGGACAUCUGCCUGCUCUGUGGCGUGUGGUACUGGAAGAUGAGCACAGACCCUCCGGGCUUUGUGGUGCCGCGGGCGUACGCCGCAGCCACCACCGCCGCCGUGGUCGUCCUUUACGUCUUCGGACUCCUGCUGAAGGUCUUAUACUACAAAUGCUACCACCCAAUCCUGCGCAGAAGGGGGAGCACUGAGAGGCUGCUGCCCAAUGAUGAGGUGGACGCCUCUGACCCCGACGUCGUCAUGGGCAUCUCGGAGCCCGGCACACAAGAACACUGCAACCGGAGGAUAGAGAAGCUGGCCGAGAACUUCUACAACUGAUGAGCUGGUCUCUAAACUUUAAUUAUUAUUGUAGUUUUGUGUUAUACAAUAACAGCAACAGUUUACACUGAACUCUACAUUUCCAUGUCAGAAAUAGAUGUACAGGUAAUGCAAAACACAGCAAAAAUUCAAAGAACAAAGCAGUCAUGGCUACAGGCAUCCAUAUUCAGAGCAGUGUAUAUAGGUUCAGUAUCUUGAAUCCUUAGGUAUCUUUCAUUGUGUAAUAAAUUAUCAAUUUUUUCCAUUUUUCCAUAAAAACAUCCCCCUUCAGUCUAAGUUGAUAGGCCAUUCUUUCCAUAAUAUAGAUCUCUCUUAUGAUUUCUAGCCACUGGUUCGUCUUAGGGGAUUCAGUAUUGCACCAGUUUCUUGUUAUUGCCUUCUUGCUUGUGAUCAAUAAUAUUUUAGCUAGAUAUCUAUCUCUGUCUAAGAUACAAUCAUUUAUACUUCCUAGAUAUAUGACUUUACAUUCCUUAGGUAUUGCGUAUCCCAAGAUAUUUUUAACUGUGGUGUGUACAUUUUCCCAAAAUAGAUCAAGUUUAAAGCAGUCCCAAAAGAUGCGUAUGAUGUGACAGUUGAUCAUAACAUUCUUCUCAGCAGACUGGAAAAGUGGGUGGGACUUACCGGCACUGUGCUUCAAUGGUUUAAAUCUUACAAAAUAGGGCAUUUUUUGUGUCAAUUGGAAACCAUGAGUCUGAGAGAACCAAGAUCACAUGUGGGGUUCCUCAAGGGUCCAUUCUCGGACCGCUUCUAUUCAACAUCUAUAUGCUACCGCUAGCUCAGAUUAUGGAACAUCACAACAUUUCCUACCAUACUUAUGCGGAUGACACACAGCUUUAUAUUUCAGUGUCACCACAUGACUACAGCCCCCUGAUCUCAUUGAGUAACUGUAUUCACCAAAUCAAUGAGUGGAUGUGCCAGAAUUUUCUCCAGCUAAAUGCAGAAAAGACAGAGGUGAUCAUUUUUGGCCCUAAAAAUGAAAGGGAAAAGAUCAGCGCUCACCUUGGCUCAAUGUCAUUGACAGCUACAAAUCAAGCCAGAAAUCUUGGUGUAAUUAUUGACUCAGACCUGAACUUCAACAGCCAUCUAAAGUUUAUCACUAAAUCUGCCUAUUACCACCUAAAAAACAUUGCUAGAAUUAAGGGGAUUCUGUCUAAACAAGACAUGGAAAAACUUAUUCAUGCAUUCAUUUUCAGUAGGUUGGAUUAUUGCAAUGGCAUCUUUACAGGCCUUAACAAGAAAUCUAUCAGGCAGCUGCAGCUGAUCCAGAACGAUCAGAGUCCUUACAAACACCAGGAAACUGGACCAUAUUACACCGGUCAUGAAAUCACUACACUGGCUUCCAGUUAGUCAAAGGAUAGAGUUUAAAAUCUUACUGCUGGUCUACAAAGCACUGAAUGGUCUUGGACCAAAAUACAUGUUGAUCUGUUAGUUCCUAUGAAGCUCCCAGACCCCUGAGGUUCAUCUGGAUCUGGUUUGUUGUGUGUCCCAAGAACCAGAACCAAGCAAGGUGAGGCAGCGUUCAGUUAUUCUGCUCCUCACCGGUGGAACAAACUUCCUGUAGACCUGAGAUCUGCUCCAACUGUCAGCUCCUUCAAAUCAGGGCUAAAAACAUUACUGUUUACUCAAGCUUACUCUUAAAUUAAACUUACCUGCUGUAUUCUACUGCCCUGAUUUUUAACAGAUUGUGCUUUUUAUUAUUUUACUUCUUUUCUUAUCAUCUUAUUCAAUCUUAUUUGUUAUUUACUGUCUAAUUAUGUCGAAUUAUUUACUGUCUAAUUAUGUCUUGCCGCUUUUAAUGUCAAU